AUGAUCUCCGACGGCGUCCGCCCCCGUACCCUCUGGAAGCCCGGUGACGGCGACGGCGACCCGAGCAGCCACACCGUCCACCGCUCCAUCAACACACUCCGCGGCCACCCAACCUGGAAGCUGUUCGCGGGCGACAUCCCCCUUCCAGUCCAACGUGGCAGCCUGGCUGAGCCUCCACAUUACAUAUAUCUCGACGAUAAAGCCUGCUACACGAUAUUCUGCUCUAAAGCCUACAACAAAGUCGAGCUGCGCAAAUAUUGGCCCUGGGACUUCGACCACCUGGGAAACAUCAAGCAGGAUCGCAAGAACCGUGGCCGGCCUGCCUACCUUGAUGAUUCGCAUAAGGAAUUUGCGACGGGUCCACGGCGGACUCCUGCGGGGCCGCAUACUUUCUCUGGAGAGCCUCGGGUUCGGCCUACAGUUAAGCCCAAGACUGAUGCCCCGAAGAAGCCGCGAGAGGCUAUCCCGAAUCUCGUGCCACGGAAAUGUGCGUUGAAUCUAGGAGUGCCGAUUCUCCGCCCCAAGAAGAAGAGUCCGUCUAAUGAGCAAGCCUACCUGCUUCAUGAAUGGAGUGGGCUACGAGGCCUAUAA